CAGGAAGACCGUCCCGCUGCGGAGACGAUUACCUUCUGUUAUUCGGGUUAAAAAGUUAUUUCAACCUGUACAGGCCAUGGAAACUGAUUUGGAGGAACCUACCGAUCAGUGUCACUUCUAACACAAACGCGGACCUACUCUGGAGACACUUGAGCAACUCUGGGGCAAGAGAAGAGCAAAACUUUUUUUUUUCCCUCACGGAGUUUACCUUCUGUAGCAGCAGAGCUAGCCUAGCCACAGCUAACAUUAGCGCUACAAGUAACGCACUCCCUGAACACUUGAAUUAAAACUCUUAGGGUAUUAGACUGGUUUAUCUUCUCUACUUUUCUUAGGAGUAGAUCUGUUACUUUUCCAAUCCGCUCCAGUCUCUCAGUGUGUGCAUAUUCUCAGACAUAGGUCAGGGCUUUGAAUUUCCCUCCUUUUGGCAGAGUCUGGACGUUUAGCGAGGGGUUACCUCAAGUUGGCUGUUUCCCAAAUCAUUAGCAACACUGCGCUAGUUAGCAUCAAGUUUAGGCCCAGGGGAGUUUGUUAUUGCCAAAUGAAAAUACGGAUUCACCCGGUCUGUACAGUUAAUGUGUGUGAUGUUAGGGCAUAGGGAGUGUUUUGCCACAGCGGUCGAUUUUAUCACACAGUUCACGCAAACGGAUUAAGUCAAAGUAUGGAUCCAUACACGGGGAACUCUGCUUCGGCUGCUGUCCCGAAGAAAGACAAGAAAUCAAAGAAGAGCUAUGAGGAUGGAGACGGGAAAAAGAAGUUUACUCUCAAACGGCUGAUUCCUGAUGAGUUGGAACGCUUUACCAGCAUGAGGAUGAAGAAGGACAAGGAAAAGCCUGGUCAAAUGCCCAGCCAACGUCACUCGUCCGCAGCAAGCUAUGAGUUCAGCUCCCAGAGCCCCAUGAUGCAAGACCACUCAGACGAGUAUGUGCUGGAGCUCUUUGAACAGAUGCUGGUGGAUAUGAACCUAAAUGAGGAGAAGCAGCAGCCUCUUAGAGAGAAGGACAUUGUGAUUAAACGUGAGAUGGUUUCACAGUACCUGCACACAUCCAAAGCUGGACAAAAUCAAAAGGAAAGCUCUAGAUCUGCAGUGAUGUACAUCCAUGAGCUGCAGGAAGACUACCGCGACCCUCAGCUUUUGCUGAGCUGUCUGGAGUCUCUCAGAGUGUCCCUCAAUAACAACCCUGUCAGUUGGGUACAAACCUUUGGAGAUCAGGGUCUAACAUUGUUACUUACUCGUCUUCGAGGACUCCAAGAAGACAAACACGAGUAUCCAAUGAGGAUGGCGAUAAAAUGUCAGCAUGAGAUAAUAAGAUGUCUGAAGGCCUUCAUGAAUAACAAGUAUGGUUUAAAGUCCAUGCUGGAGUCCGGUGAAGGCAUACCUCUGCUGGUCAGAGCCAUGAACCCUACAGUGCCUCACAUGAUGGUGGAUGCUGUCAAGUUGCUUUCUGCCAUUUCUAUUUUGGAACACCCCGAGAAUCUUCAUGAGCGGGUUCUGGAGGCCAUAACCGAAGAAGCAGAGAAAAGAAACAUUGAGCGGUUUCAGCCUUUGUUGUCUGGAAUGAACAUUCACAAUAUUGCUCUUAAGGGUGGCUGCAUGCAACUUAUCAAUGCUUUGAUUAGUCGAGGAGAAGAGUUGGACUUCAGGAUCCACAUUCGCUCUGAACUGCUAAGACUCGGACUCAGACAUCAGCUGAUGGAGAUACGGACCAUUGAAAAUGAGGAGCUCAGGGUACAGCUUGCUGUGUUUGAUGAACAAGCUGAGGAUGACUCUGAGGACCUCAGAGCACGUCUAGAUGACAUUCGCAUCGAGAUGGAUGAUGUGAGGGAGGUUUUUGAGAUCUUAGUCAACACAGUGAAGGACUCCAAAGCUGAAGGCAACUUCCUGUCUGUGAUGCAGCACCUUCUGUUGAUCCGCAAUGACUAUUUGGCCAGGCCUCAGUAUUACAAGUUGAUAGAUGAGUGUAUAGCGCAGAUCGUUCUUCACAAGAAUGGAGCAGACCCUGACUUCAAAUGCCGUCAUCUAAACCUCAAUAUUGAAAGUUUAAUAGAUAACAUGGUGGACCAGACUAAAGUGGAAACCAGCGAAGCCAAAGCCACUGAACUGGAGAAGAAGCUGAAUACAGAGUUGACGGCGCGACAUGAGUUGCAGGUGGAACUGAAAAAGCUGGAGGGAGACUAUGAGCAAAAGCUGCAGGAUUUGAGCCAAGAGAAGGAACAGCUGGCCUCUGUUAAACAGGAACGAGAAAAAGAGAACCAGGGACUACAGAAGCAGCUGAGCUCUCUGCAGCUACAGAUUGAAAAGCUGCAAAAAGAUCUGGAGGAAGCCAAAACUAAAGUUGUCACAGUAACUGUACCCACGCCAACACCAGGGAUGCCCCCACCACCACCACCUUUGCCUCCCUCAACCUCUCAGAGUACUGGAACUGGACCUCCACCACCUCCUCCAUGCCAUGCAGGCAUGCUGGUGCCCCCACCUCCCCCGCCUCCUCCGCCUCCUCCACUGCAUGGUAUGCCUGGGCCCCCAGCCCCUCCACCUCCUCCACCCUUACCCCCAGGUCCUGGGAUGCCUCCUCCACCAUUUGGGGGCUGGACUGCAGCGCCUCCUCCUCUGCCUUAUGGCCUGCAGCCAAAGAAGGAAUAUAAACCUGAGGUCCAGCUCAAGAGAGCCAACUGGAGCAAGAUUGGACCGGAGGACCUCUCCGAAAGCAGCUUCUGGACAAAAGCAAAAGAGGAUCAGUUUGGAAACAAUGAGCUUUUUGCCAAACUCACCUUGACCUUCUCCUCGCAAACAAAAACAACCAAAGUUGCUCAUUUAGCAGACUCCUGCCCCUGGACCCAGAGCCAUUCCCAGGGCAUAGAAACACAGGGAGCCAUCAACCCAAGCUGUGUGCAAGCGCUCCAUGUCGGCUUCGUCUGGCAUAGGCACAAUGACACCACAUCGCACCACCACUGA